AUGAGUGAUUCUGAGGACGAGAAUUACGUGUCUUUCGGAGUCCCUCUAGAUCCGAUAGACGAAGAGAAUGUUCCAAGGAAGAAACCUGUGACAAUCGAAGAUCAGUAUGCAUACGAUGCCCAAGGUAGACGUAGGUUUCAUGGAGCAUUUACGGGUGGUUUUUCUGCUGGGUACUUUAACACAGUUGGCACCAGAGAUGGAUGGAGACCACAGCAAUUUAAAUCUUCUCGGAGUAGUAAAGCAGACAAUGUCACUCAGCGGGCCCAGGAUUUUAUGGAUGAGGAGGAUACAAGUCAGUUUGGAAUUGCUCCAACUGGUAUUCGUACUACCAGUGAUUACAUUGAUCAUGGUCAGAGAGGAUUAAAACGAGAGAAAACAAAUCGUGAGAGUAGUGGUCCGAUUCCUGGUACUCCAGUAUUAAAAGAGCUCUUAAAACCUGUGAAGGACACAGUGGGUAUUAUGUUAUUGAAGCGAAUGGGAUGGAGACCCGGUCAGGGUGUAGGAUCAAGACUCACCAAGAAGGAGAAGGCAAAAGUAAGAAAAAGAAACGAAAAAAUAAGAGUAUCGCAGUUGAAGGCUGGAAGACCAGAUUCGGGAAGUAGUUCAGAAGAUUCGGAAGACGAUUACGGAGAUGUUAUGUUUGCUCCUGACGAUUAUGAGCCCUUCAGAUGUAACCCAAAAGAUAACUACUUCGGUAUAGGAUACAGUGGUUUAGACAGAAGAACUAUACUGUCCAGUCAUGUAAAUUUGUUUGAUGCUCCUGCGUUUAGCGUUCAAGACAAGAAUAAAAAAUUGUCGAUACAUGGCCAAGCGUUUGGCGUUGGCGCGUUCGAGGCAGACGAUGAAGAUAUUUACGCAAGGGAUGAUAUGUCGCGUUACGACUUCUCGUUAGGCCCUGAACGUAAACCGAAGAGUCGGUGGUCUGAAGACAGCGGCUCACGAAACUCGAGCAAUUGUCUAGUUGGCUUUGCACCGGCGAGAGAGAAGUUAGAGCAAAUAAAGGUGUUUCCACCACCACAGUUACCGAAAGACUUUGUACCGAUGCACGCGGUUAGGAAAAGUCGAUUUUAUCCACCGAUUGAGAACGUUCCCCGUACGGUAGAAAAUGGAAAACGUAAGGAUCUGACAGCUGCUGAUAGGGCUAGAAUAUUAGAGGAUGUGCAUACUGUUAAGAAAGUGUCAGACACGCAUCCGAACGCGGUGCCGUCGGUUGCGUCUAAUAUUAUUACCAAGACGCUGAAUUUACAUGGGAAACAGCAAACAGAAGAGAGGCUGAGGUUGGAAAGUCAGCAAGUUAAAGCAGCCACGUCUUGGAUGGAUAAGCUCAAUGUUCAGAGUUUUGUUAAAGGCGGUAUUGUUGGUUCUGGCAAGGACGCCGAUGGAAGCUUGAAAAAUUUGGAGGAAUUCAAAGAUUCGUCCAAGUCUGAGGAAGAUCAGAGCACAAGUAAAUCUGAAGAGGACGGCUCGUCGAAAAAGAGCACGGUGAAACCGUUUCUAGCAGAUCCUGAUAAACAGAGACGCUUCGAGCAAUAUUUGGUCUUCACGAAGAAGGGUGAAAAGAGCAAGCUGGAAAGUAUACAACUACUGUCAAUGACAGAAUGGGACAGAGAGCAUGAACGAAUCGAGUUCGAGCAAGCAGCUAGGUUGUUCGAUCAGCCAACAAACGAUUUUGUUGCAAACAAAUUCGUACAUGCUACGGAAUCCACGAGUUCAGACGCUGGCACUGCGACAUGCAGUCAGGACGAUGAAAUGAAGCAAGCUGUGAAAAUGAAAAUGUUCGGAAAACUGACCAGAGAGCGUAUAGAAUGGAAGCCGGCAAGUAUAGUAUGCAAAAGAUUUAAUAUCCCCGAACCAAGAGUCGGUUGUGCACAGCCAGAGAUGCAGAAAAAGCCGGCCAAGUUUUCAAUCUUCGAUUCCCUCGAUUGGAACAAUUCCACGAAAUUUUCGAGAGCAACCGAUACCGCGAUGAACGAAAUAGACAAAGCUGAUGCUCAAUUAAAAGAUAGAAAUGUCAUCGGUCGCGUGACGUCAGAGCGACAAUCGGAAAAAAAAUUUAACGAUCAUCAGCAAUCGGUGCCUGUGUCUGAAAAGGUGAGAAACUUCGAGGCUUCCUACGAAAAGGUUUUCGGCAAAGAGGUCCAAGAAAUCCCCUCGAAUGUUUCCGAUGUCGAAGAAAAUCUGGACGGUAAGGCAGAAACGCGUACAGCGUUCAAGGAUUUGGACUGCGCUGUCGCGAGUCAGGAAGACAACGAGGAAUCAAGAUCGGUGUCGAAGAAACAGUCAGAGGAGAAGAAGGAUCUUUUCAAGGCGAUUUUCUUGAGCAGCAGCGAAGAUUCCGAUUCGGAGCCGGAAGUGAGCAUGGACAGCGAGGCAGUGAAGUCAGUUUUGAUUGGGAAAACCGCGAGCGAGGUGAACACAAAUAGGAACACUUCUCCGCCGAGGGGAAUUUUCGCGAAGGUCGAUUUGGAUAACCUGCUUUGCGGUUCGACGAAAGCAGACGAACAGGCGAAUGAAAAUGUGUGUAAAGAGAAGGACAUGAAUACAACGGAUGAUGUUGAAGUUGAGAUCGGGUCGAAUCAGUGCAAAGAUAGUAACACGAAUGACGACGACGUGAUAAUGUUGCCCGAUAUGUAUGGACCUGCUCUUCCCUCGAGGCUAACCAUACCCGAAAGUUCGACACCCGAGGCGUCCAGUUCCCAGAGCUUCAGACCUGUGUUUAGAAGUGUUGUGGUGCCACAACCGAAGGAGGACUCGAAGAUUUCCGGUGUUUGGGUGGAGAAAGGGAAAUCGAAGAAAUCGAAGAAGGAGAAGAAAAAGCACAGGCAUAAAGAGCACAAGAGUUCGAAACACAAACGGAAGUCGAAGAAGGAACGUCGUAGUAGCUCGUGAAUUAGAGGACGUGAGAUACAUGUAAUAAUGAAAUGAAUUGAGGUAAAUAGUCGUAAUAACAA